AUGUCUUCCGCGUUCAUCGUUCCAUACGACCUCAAGACACCCGCGCCCAGGGUUGACGUUGCAAAUCUCCGGAACUCCACUCUGCAGAAAAAGUUACGACCGUCUCAUCUUUGGGCAGUGGCUUUGCGGAGAAGAGUUGCUGACGCCAAGAGGGGAAUUUGGUCGGGAAGUCUAUUGGAAGUGGCGUGA